GCCGUCUGACUAUGGCCAUGUCCUUGUUUUAUAGUUUAUACUGUCCCUCCACCCACCGACUUCCGCGUUAGGCUCCACCACGAAGUCGAACGGCUCUCUUUUCUUCCCCUCCGCCUCAAGUGCAGAGCGCGAAACAAAAAAAGGGUAUAAAAAGCGCCUCCCGUUUCUUCCGCCUCCAAGGCCGAGAGGCGAGAGAUUGACGAGCCAAGAGCCCCUUUCUCCUCCAACAACUACUCCAUCUCCUCUCAAUCGAUUCCGUAUCUCGCAGCGAUGCAUCUGCUGUCGUCUUCGAGGUCUUCUUCCUCCAAGGAGCAGCAAAAGACCUACCAGGACUGGUUCGCCGUUGCCGAUAAGGAUGGCGAUGGGCGCAUCACCGGAAAUGACGCCCUUAAGUUUUUCGCCAUGUCGAAGCUUUCCCGUCCCGAACUUAAGCAGGUCUGGGCCAUUGCUGACUCUAAGAGACAGGGUUUUCUUGAUGUUGAAGACUUCAUCAGUGCUAUGCAGCUUGUUGCAUUGGCUCAAGCAGGUCAUGAGAUUAGCUCGGAUGUACUUAAGCAUGCAGACUUGGAGAACUUAGGCUCUCCAACGAUGGAAGGUUUGGAUGCUCUACUAGCUAAACAUAAGCGCAAGGAAAAGAAAAAUGAGAACCAUUCGGAUGUUGUGCCAGCAUCAGCUAGUUGGUUUAACUCAAAAUCAUCAAAAAAGGUACCUCUAAGUGCUGUUACCUCAAUAAUUGAUGGCUUGAAGAAGUUAUACCUUGAGAAACUUAAGCCUUUAGAGGAGACCUAUCAAUUCCAUGAUUUUGUUUCUCCUUUCUUGACAAAUAGUGAUUUUGAAGCCAAGCCCAUGGUCAUGCUAUUGGGACAAUAUUCUACUGGAAAGACAACAUUCAUAAAACACUUGCUGCAAUCUGGCUAUCCAGGUGCUCACAUUGGGCCAGAACCUACAACGGACAGAUUUGUUGUUGUAACAUCGGGACCAGAUGAAAGGAGCAUUCCUGGAAAUACCAUUGCUGUUCAAGCAGAUAUGCCAUACCAUGGCCUCAGUACAUUUGGAGCUUCAUUUUUAUCAAAGUUCGAGUGUGCUCAGAUGCCACACCCGCUUCUGCAACACAUUACAUUCGUUGAUACUCCUGGCGUUUUAUCUGGAGAGAAGCAAAGAACCCAACGCAGUUAUGACUUCACUGGAGUAACGUCUUGGUUUGCAGCAAAAUGUGACCUCAUCCUGCUACUUUUUGAUCCCUAUAAACUUGACAUCAGUGAUGAGUUUAAGAGGGUAAUAGAAUCUUUGCAUGGCCAUGAUGACAAAAUCCGUGUAGUUCUGAAUAAAGCAGACCAAGUUGACACCCAGCAGCUUAUGAGAGUUUAUGGGGCACUAUUGUGGUCUCUUGGGAAAGUUCUAAACAACCCUGAAGCUAUGCGAGUUUACAUUGGGUCGUUCAAUGACAAACCGAUAAAUGAAUCAGCAACUGGACCUAUUGGAAAGGAUCUAUUUGAGAGAGAACAAGAAGACCUGCUUUCUGAUCUGAAAGACAUACCAAAGAAAGCCUGUGAUCGCCGUAUCAAUGAAUUUGUUAAGCGUGCAAGAGCAGUCAAAAUUCAUGCCUAUAUAAUUGGUCAUCUAAAGAAAGAAAUGCCAUCGAUGAUAGGCAAAGCCAAGACUCAGCAGAGGCUCAUUGACAAUCUUCAAGAUGAAUUUGGAAAGGUACAAAAGGAGUUUCAUUUACCACCUGGAGAUUUCCCUGACGUUGACCAUUACAGAGAAGUGUUGAGUGGAUACAACCUCGACAAGUUUGAGAGACUGAAGCAUAAAAUGGUACAGGCUGUGGAUGAUAUGCUGGCUUAUGACAUUCCUGAACUCCUAAAGAGGUUCAGAAAUCCAUAUGAAUGAUGAUGACAUAAGAAGUUGAUGAUGAGAUAGGUUUCAUGGCCUUCAAACCAUUACUCUUUUUGAAAUUUCUUAUUCAUGGCGGGAAAUGGUGAGCUGCGGUUUCAUAUUUCUUGUAUUAAUUGUACUGAACUAUUCUUUGUGGGUCACUGUUGAUUUUGUUCGACAGUACCUCAUCAGCAAAUUCUACGAUUCAAUUGCAACACUUUCUACAGGGAUGAAAAUGUGAAAUAUUCAAUUGUAUCCCUUGUUUAUUCUCAUGGAGCUCAAAAUUGGAUGUUGAAAUGUUUA